AUGCUUCUUACAGAGAAUUGUGCACGAUCCAUGUGGAUCGAAAGGCAGAUUUGGACGACGUGUCCAAAUUUACUUACUUAUUACCAGGUAGCGUUAGAUCUCUUGGAUAAGCAAUAUGGUAAUGUACACCAAACGCUCGUGAUCUUGCAUCGAAAACUUGUCAACAUAUUCGUACCCUCGUUGAACCCCGUAGAGCUGAAGAAGUUCAGGUUUGAGUUAACAGUGAUCAUUGAGCAAAUAAAGAGGCUCAGUACUAAUGAUAUUGGCCAUGGCAUGGUCAUGAGCCUUAUCAAUCAGAAGUUGUCAGAAGGUAAGAUCUAUCGAAAGGUGGUCGAACACCUAAGAAAAUGUGACUAUAAUUUAGAAGAAUUUUUUGAACCUAUAGACUUCAUAAUUCGCAUGUUGGAAGAUGACACGUUACAGCGAGGCGAAAAAUUAGAAUCUGAUAAGAAUAACGAUGUCAGCGUUAGACCCAAAACGAAACCUAUGCAGAAUAAUUCUUGUCCCUAUUAUAAUGAACGGCACCCGCCUCACGGAUGCCGCCGAGUAAGUGACAUGGCUGCCAGACGCCGCAUUCUACUAAGAAAGGGCCUGUGUUUUAAUUGCCUUCAGUCAGGUCACCGUAGUGAUAGAUGCUCUAACCCCAAUUCAUGUAAAAAUUGUGGAAAUAAUCAUAAUACUACCAUUUGUGAUAACAGCAGCUUUAGAAAAGCACAUUCAGUUCCCUCCACUUCGUCCCAAAAUAAUCCUAGUUUAGUAAGUAACAGUCAAGUUACAACCUCCCGCCCUGUAGUAAAUGCAACGACCAGACAGCACGAUAGAAACCCCCAUCCGCCCAAAGAGAAAGUAGAAUCACAAUCGUGUAAGAGCGCUAAAGUAGCCCAAACGUCUAGUGUAGAUCUUCCCUGUACGAUUUUGCCAACGGCCAUGGCCGAGAUCCAUCAUAAGCAGGGGAGUAAACGGGUUCGCUUGUUUUUGGACACUGGGAGUCAACGAAGUUUUAUCUCCGCUAAAACUGCAAAGCAGUUAGGCCUGCCAGUGGUAGGCAAGGUGGCAUUAAACAUUGCUCCUUUUGGUUCAGCAGAAAUCAGUGGCCAGUAUGACGUAGUGAGUUGCCGGGUAGAGAUGGGUAAUAGAAUUGUUCGAAUGAAACUAGUUGUUCACGAGAACGUAGACGUCCCGAUUCAUAACGCAGGGAAGGGAGUCACGUUAGCAGAUCCUGACAGUAAGAGCAAUAAGUUACGAAACGUGCACAUUCUUGUGGGUGCUAUUUUAAUUAUUUCAUUAUUGGAGUAG